GAAAUGUCGAUGGGAUGUGGUUUAUGAGGGAUAAAAUAUUUUUUAAAAGUGAUGGCCAGUUGGACAGGCAAAGUGCAAAACGGAAAUUGUGACAAUUACAGCAACAUUUCGAUAACGCACGACUUACAGGACUGCAUCGACGAUAGUUUGGAUUUCAAUUACAACACGUUGUACUCUGAAUCACAGACUGUCAUCCAGGAAAACAUUAAAGUAAAACAAGAGCCACCCGUUUACGUACAAAAAAUUACGGGAAAUGAAAAUUCCGGUUACAUACAUCAUGCAGUCACAAUGGACAAAAUCUACAUGCACAUCACUCCGGGAAACAAGAAACAAAUGCCUGAAAAACCAUCCCAUGCCACCUUGACAAUCACCAGCACCAACCCCGACACCAAAGAGAUUACCAUCAAUCGGUUUCAUUGCGAAUAUGACGGCUGUGCAAGAACAUACAGCACCGUGGGCAAUUUAAGAACCCACAUGAAAACUCACAAAGGCGAAUACAAAUUUAAAUGCAGUGAACCUGGUUGUGGCAAAGCUUUUCUUACAUCAUACAGUCUAAAAAUUCACGUAAGAGUUCAUACCAAAGUAAAACCAUUCGAGUGUACUCAAGAUGGUUGUGAUAAAGCGUUCAACACUCUGUAUAGACUAAGAGCGCACGAACGAUUGCACAACGGGAAAACUUUUAAUUGCAAAUCGGAGGGUUGCACCAAAUUUUUCACCACUCUCAGCGAUCUUAAGAAGCACAUACGUACCCAUACCAGAGAGAAACCAUAUAGAUGCGUUGAAGACGGUUGUGGAAAAUCGUUUACUGCCAGUCAUCAUUUAAAAACCCACAAAAGAAUUCACAGUGGGGAAAAACCUUACGCCUGCAAGGAAACCACCUGCCAAAAAUCGUUUUCGACUCCUCACAGCUUAAAAUCGCACACCAAAAUACACCAAAGAUCUCACGAGAAAACUGGCGCCGAAAACAAUUCUGCCGAAGAAAAUAAAUUGCCCGAGAAGAAAAAGAAGGGUGUUAUGAUUAAGGAGGAAGUUGAUAUUGAGGAGAACUUUAUUGAUAUUAAUGAUUUUAAUGUUCAAACGGGAAGUGUUAACUUCGAUUUCGAGGGGAAUUAUAAUUUUUCGAGUUUCCAGGGAAAUUUGGAUUGGGAUGAUUUAGAAAAAAUGAGCUCCAGCAGAGAUAAAAACGACAUACCAGAAAAAGAACAACACACAACUACCCCCACUCAAAACAUAGAAACAAUCAGUUACAACAUAUUCGAUUCCUACAACUUUAACACAACCGACAACAUCCUGAACAACAAUUAUAUCGGGAAUCAAUUGAAUUCUUCGGCAGAUCUAUCGCUCUCGCCUCUAAGCAUCGGAACUAAGGCUAAAUUCGCAGCUGUCAUCGAGUCAGAUUUGGCUUCGCAAUUCGAGAUGGCGAACGGGCUUAAGAACUACGCUACUGUUAACACUGCGGAACCGAUCGCCACGCAGCUCUCGUACAAUAUCGGUACGGAAAACAUCGAGAAUGCCAAAGAAGACGAGACGCUGAAUGAUACUCAAAUGCAGCUGGAAGGAAAUUCUAUAAUAACGGAAAUAGAAAAUUCCGGGAUUAAUUUGUACGACAUUAACCUCAACGAUGCGAAUUUCGGUGAUGUUUUUAAUACUCAAGAGAAGACUAAUAAUAACAAUUCGAAAAUUAGGAUUAUAAGCGUCGAAAAUAUUGCUUCAAACAAGAUUAACAACGAUUUGGUUGACUUGGAAAAGCAAAUGUAUGCUCCUGCUGCAGUGGAGAUGUCUUUGGCUCAGGAUGAGGAGAUUCCUGCCGACUGGGUGGAUGUUAUGAACUUUGCCAAUUCCCAGGUGAACAUAUUUCAAGAGGACGUCAACGAAAACCCCCUAACCGCAGUCCCGACCGCAAUACAAACCUACAUGGAUUUGCCGCCGAUUCAGGCCAACACCGGCGAAAAAACCGCCAACACCGACGUGAACCUGCUGAAAAAUCUAACCGCCCAAGCCGACAUCUGCAAAUGCGUCGACUGCAAAUGCGACGCGUUGAACAACUGCCAAAACUGCAACACGGAUAACUCUCUACCAGCACCGCAACCACCAAAGGUAAAACCCCAGGAGGGUGGUUCAUGUCGGUGCAACGCCAAAGGUGGCUGCUGCAAACCGGUGCAAAAGAAACUUUGCUGCGACACUGGCACCACCAAUAUUAUCGAUGUUUUGAAAAGACUGCCCGGCAAUAAUAACGACGAUUGCUGCGUGGUUGUGUGCUUGAAAACCAUGGAACAUUUGCGGCAAAUGUUGAGCAUGGCUAAUACGUGCAAUACGUUUCAGAAUGUUCCCAUGACUUGCGUGAAAAAUAGCGGCUUUUGCUCAAACUAAAGGCUUUUUGCAUUUUUAAGAGGAAAUUGUUCU